GUUAAUUAUUCUCAUGUGGAAAGCAAAGCCGAGUCUCUCCUCUGGUAAAACAAGAGGAGCCUAACUGCCGGAGGAAAAGUUAGUCAAGAUGGCAAAACGCACAGAUGCAGAGUGAAGGGGCACCGCUGCCCACAGUUUCAAACUUUGUUGCGCACCCGUCUUGCGAUCCACACCACCGAUGCAGUUGUGCAAGGAAAUAUAAAUGGGAUCCCUGUGGAAAAUGCCAAUAAAAGUAAUGCUGGUGUGACAGCGCAGAGUGCAGGAGGAAAGCCGACUCUCCUGUCUGAAUGUUAAAAACCCCUUGUGCAGAUGAACCUAGGAGAGCACCUUGCCACCACUCCCCUCAAGCUGAAACUACAGUACACCUGCUUUUCUAAAAGCCUGGAUGAUUCUACGCCACUUGAACUAAGCACAACAGCUCAAAUCCCUCCUGCUCAAAGUACAUAUUUUUGCUCCACUCAACAUCAACAACAAAAACAGACCAAAAGAAGUGCACAUCCAACACAUGCUUUGACCAAAGUUUAACCACUAGAGCACCAAUUUAACUCUAUUCUCUCGUGACACCAGGAAGGUCACUAACUAGUUUCCACGUUCGGCCUGGUGCCUGUGCCCCAGACCAUGAUGUUUCGCGACCAGGUGGGCAUCCUGGGAAGCUGGUUUAAGGGGUGGAACGAGUGUGAGCAGACGGUGGCUCUGCUGUCACUGCUGAAGCGGGUGUCGCAGACCCAGGCUCGUUUCCUGCAGCUGUGUCUGGAGCACAGCCUGGCUGAUUGCACCGAGCUUCACGUGUUGGAGGGAGAGGCCAAUAACCCAGUGGUGAUCAGCCAGUGGCAGGGUGAGCCCAAAGAGCGCGUCAUCUCCCUGGUCCUCACCCACCUGCCCCUGCUCAAGCCGGGUAACGUCGAAGCCAAGGGCGAGUACAUGCGCCUCCUCCCCCGUAUCCUGGCACACACCAUCGAGCACGGCCGCCAUCUGGAAGAGUCGCGCCAGCUCCUCUCCUACGCCCUCAUCCACCCGGCCACCUCACUGGACGACCGAGCCGCCCUUGCCCUCUGGCUCAAUCACCUGGAGGAACGCGCUGCUGCCCGGGCCGACUCGUUGGAACGGCUGCCCCCCUCCCCAGCCUCGCACCAUCAGACGCCCCCCUCAACGCUCUCCUCGUCGGGUUCCAGUUUGGGUUCCUCUGUGGGCCACCUGGGUCACCUGUAUCACCACCAGCGCUACGGCUCAGACGAUCGGCUCAACGGCUGGCAGGGGUCGAGGGACUCUGGGUUGGGCAGCGGAUGGCAGCAGCAGGGGCAGGGAGGGUGUGAGAAUGGUGGGCACCUGGCUCUCUACCCGUCCUCGUCUGUACCUGGGAGUAUCAACACUGUGGGCACGGGCGGCAGCAGCAACACCAUCCUGUUUGGCGGCGGCGGAGGGCAGCACAGUCCCCUGAAGCGUUCGGUGUCCCUUACCCCCCCGAUGAGUGAUGGCUCCUUGGCCGGUUCCUCCUCCUUGGGUUUGGGUCAUGGCUGGCUCUCCCAGGAGGACCUGCGCGGGCCCCGGGGAGGAGGAGGGCUGGGGCUGGCCCCCACCGACCCCCACCACGCACCCCUCUCCCCCCAGAGCAGCGUAGCGUCUUCGGGUAGUGGCGGCAGCGAGCACCUGGAGGACGCAGGUCUAGGAGGAGGAGGAUGCUGUGGAGGAAGCUUGUACCGCAGGAGCACAUUUCAUAAGGAGGGCAGCGGCAUGGGGGAUGUGCCGGCCUGGCUGAAAAGCCUCCGUCUCCACAAGUAUGCGGCUCUAUUCUCCACCAUGACGUACGACGAGAUGAUGUCACUGACCGAACAACAGCUGGAAUCACAGAAUGUCACCAAAGGGGCGCGCCACAAGAUAGUCAUCAGCAUCCACAAACUGAAGGAGCGCCAGAACAUGCUGCGCUGCCUAGAGAAGGACGUGUUGGAAGGGAGUAACCUGCGCGCCCCUCUUGCCGAGCUCCACCAGAUGAUCCUGACGCCCAUCAAGGCUGUGGCCAGCGACGAGUCGUUGCCCUCCUCGACCACACAGCAACCCCUGUUGAGCCUUGAGGGGAAGAGCAGCGCCGCCCCGGGCUCUCACCUGGCCCCCGGAGGAGGGGAAGGGGAGACAGGGGUUACCCUUAUCGCCGAGGGGGACAUCCCCGGCCAGUUCACUCGCGUCAUGGGCAAAGUUUGCACACAGCUCCUGGUGUCCAGGCCAGAUGAAGAGAACAUCAGCUCCUAUAUGCAGCUCAUUGACAAGUGCCUUCUGCAUGAGGCGUUCACUGAGACACAGAAGAAGCGGCUGUUGUCAUGGAAACAGCAGGUGCAGAAGCUGUUCCGCUCGUUUCCCAGGAAAAAUCUCCUGGACAUGGCGGGCUACCGGGCGCAGAGGAGGUGCAGCAGUGGCCGGGGCUUCGGCCAGUCUAACUCUCUCCCCACGGCGGGCUGCUUGGGGGGCAGCAGUAGCAUGUCGGCCCGCCGAAGCCUGCGCCAGUUCCAGAUGCCCUCACGGAGCUUGCCCGGUGCCAGGCUUGGCCUGCUGGGCACCGCCGGCCUCCUGGGACCCACGACGCGCAGCGCCAGCAGCACCUCCACCGGUCUCAAGCAGGGACGACAGGGUUUAUGGUUUGCCAACCCCGGAGGCAGUAACAGCAUGCCCAGCCGAACCCACAGCUCAGUGCAGAGGACCCGCUCCUUGCCUGUCCACACCACGCCACACACCAUGGUCAUGUUUCAGCAGUCUGAUCUCCAAGUGCCAGUGACGGAACCAGACAUCAACAACCGGCUGGAGUCUCUGUGUUUGAGUAUGACAGAGCAUGCCCUGGGAGAUGGAGUUGACCGCACAUCCACCAUCUGAGAGUAGGACCUGAAGGAGACCCGGGGACAUCUGGUCCCACACACACACACCCCACACACACACACACACACACACACACACACCACAGCUAAUGAGAGAGGUCAACCGGGGUGGUUGCUGGGCUGCAAAUCAUGCCACGGCGAGCCAAUCCACAGAAACUGCUAACAAACGGCUAACGCAGUAGCACAUUGUCAUGUUACCAUCACAAUAAAACACGGCUACGCCCCCAGCACACUCAUAAGUACCUGGGCUUCAGUGAUGGAUGAGAAAUGCAGUGCAGACUCCUUUCCCCACCCAGUAUAACUACCCACACCAUUGCCGGAGGAGCUGGGGGAGAUAUAGCAGCGCUGGGGGUCAGCAUCGGCCAACAACCGAUUGGCAGACCCUGGACCCAUUUGAAGGGGGAGUAGUGCAUUAUAGGUACUGUAGUAUAUCAUGCUAUAAGAGUCAAGACUGUAGACUUUCCUUCUCCGCCCCCAGACCAGUAAGGGAGUUCCCACACCAGUUCGCACCAGUCAGCAUUUCUACCGGUAGUACCAUAUGACGUCUCACUGAGUCAAAAACAAACACAAGACAAGUAAGUAAAUAAUCAAAGUGGGACACAUUGUGAGAGAAGCCUCGGCAUUCAUCUCACUGUUUGGGAGAGUUUUAGGGAGGACGUUUUUCAAAAGACCCCUAUGCUUCUGUAUAUAGGUGACAGAAAAAAAGCAUUUUUACAUGUAUGUAUUGUUUACAUAUGAUGCUACUAUGGUACCGAAACAUUUAUACAUUUCAGCUAUGAAUGUUCUCUUAUAUUUUAUUUUUUUAAAUACAUUUUGGGAAAGUAGUAGCAUACUACCGUACUAGUCGCUUAAUAGACUAACGUCCCACAGUAGCUAUCAUAGUUUACAUCCAACAUUAUCAUAGUUUUUUUUGCUUUUUGUUUCUUUCUUUCGCUUACCAGCAGCCAAGUUGUGUGAAAAUGAAAACGCUAAAAGGAGAGAGGGAUGAAGUGGAAGUGUGUAGAAGGAAAAACUGAGAAAUGAGAAGAGAUGGGAGGAGGGGAAAUAAAAGUGGGGAGACACAGAUGGUCUGUGCCAAGUGAUUUAGAAGGAGAAGAGGACGUUAGUGAUGAUGGAUCCAUGUCAGAGGCAGGGACUUUGAUUUGAAACAACAGAAAUUGUGUAGUAGUAGCGUUGUGAAGUUCUGGGUAAAUGUUAUAGACAGGCCAAUAUAUAUAAUCUUUUAGAAUUCUUUAAUCUUUGUCCCUGCAGACUAUGCAUUGCAAGUUUAUGCUGUUAAUUUGCUUGGGCUGUGUCUGGAUUUGGGAGUGAGGUUUCUUUAACAGGUGCACAAUGUUGUGUGACCUAUUCUCUAAUUAGGGCUAGUCAGUGUGGGUCAGUAGUAUUUUCAAUGUGUAUCAUUGUGAAAUAGAAUGAGGAUCACAUGUGUGUUUUCAGUCCAGGGUAGUACUAUAGCGUUGUAUGCUAUAUGCUCUCAUUUUACUAGGAAGUAAGAGAUGGUCAAAGAUGUUUUGAAUCAAGGAAUAAAGAUGUACACAGAGGACAGGAGAAUCAGGAAGUAGCUUUGGCGGAUGUAAACGAGAAGGUUGCUGAGGAGGUUCUUUCCCUCAAGCAGCAUAGAAACACCAACCCAUGAAGGGUUUAAAACUAGUUUAAAUUCCCAAGAAUACUCUCUUUUUAGUACUUAACUCCACCUAGUGGCAAAAUGCAGUUAGACAGCCAGGCACUUGGAAUUAGGCUUUUUAUACUUCAAUUUCUUGUUUGUUUUUUUGUCUUAAUAUUUGUCUUAACCCUAACCCUUGGUUCAUUGUUGUCUGCAUGACAUGCUAUAAGGGUAGGUUCAUGGUAAAAUAAGCUCUUUAAAGCUGAAUUAGGCUCUGUUGUUAUUAGCCACUGUCAUCCUGUAAGUGGGUGUUUUAUGCAUGGAAGAUCACGCUAAUGUAUUGUGCCUGAAUGGGCAUCCUGAUUUGGUGUGGUGUUUUGUGAGGGUUUUUGCGCAACUUUUUGGGUUAGUUUAUUUUUUAAUUCUUGUGUGUCUCUUUUUCUUGUUCUGCACUUGGUGUUGUGAUGUUUUACUAUAGCUAAUCCAUCAAUAACAAUGCCAAUAGGUGCAGUAAUAGAAAUGAACGUUUAUUGCACAUACUUGCCAUCAGUGGGGAGAGGCAAGUGGUUUGGAGAGGAAAGGUUAAGAGUUUUGUAGUUCAGAAAAAGGGACUUGACUUAUUGUGGAGGUGAACUUGUAGUGAGAUGAAACCAGCUUCAUGCCAAAUGCACCGUUGCUCGGCAAUGGAGAACGAGAACACCCCUUCCUCUGCCAAAGUAACUACAGCCCACUCCCAAGUGCGCAUUGAACUUAAGCUCUCAGACUGAGCCAUCUUGUCAUAAAGUAGGGUUGACCCCAGUCAAACCUUUAACCUGUUAUUGUCAAAACGUCAUUGAUGCUUGUAGUAAUGUUUCAUAGUCAGUCAAAUAUCACUGCUUCAGGAAGUGUGCUCAUUAAAAACGCAUGGCCUUAAAUGGGACGGUGACAGGAAAAUUCAAUAAAGCAUGAAUUGGCAUGGACCCUUUGGCACAGUUUGGUUUAGUGGCAGCAUUACAGUAUUGGUAUACUGAUGGUAUACUGAUGCAACAUGCAAUAGUUAGAUCCACUUGCCACUGCCACAUAAAUUGAUACUAUUAGCAGAUUCAAAUUAUUUAUUAUUUUUUUUCUAUUGUUGCAGAGGUGAUUUAUUGUAUUCAUUUAGAUGUAUUAUUUAAAGUACCACAUGUAUUAACUUGCUAUGGCUGGUGACCAUAAGUACAUCUCAAAUAUUAACAUAGUUAUUUUUGUUUUGAACUACAGUAUAAUCGCACAUUUUUAUAUUUAAUAGUGGAGUAGAGAGACACUCUGUGUCUUGUUUGGAUUCGUUUUUUUUUCUUCUGACUGACGGUUUGGGAAAGCUUGUUAUCCUGGUUGGCCAAAUGUCUGAACGUGGCCACCAGCAGAACAAACAUGAUAGGGAGCGACGACCCUUUUGAAAUAUUGCCAAAUAGAACAGGCCACGGUAACCCUUGAUAGACUGAGAUGGAGAGUCAUCUGGGGUUAUUUCUGUGGGAUAAGGCCCUUUACUACUUUGGUCCACUUUGGCUAUGAGCAUCGGAGGUCCAGGGAUAGCCCUUUGGGAAUGGGUAACCAGUGCUUCCAAGCUAACCACCAUCUGCAUGGCUAGUGAUGACAUCACAGUGGAUGGCUAAGAUAUGUAGCCUAUCCAAAAGACUGGCAACAACUGCAGGGCAGAGGGUAGCACAUUCUAGGGUGGGACUUACACACUCACUACUGCCCAUGAGGUUACGUGUGUGUGAAUGUAGUGUACACUACAGUAUGUAGUGAGCGAUGGAGCAGAGGGAGUAAACAGAAGAGCUGUGAAUGUCAUUGAUAUAUUACUACAACUGCGUGUGUGAAGUAGCCAGAUGACGAGUAGAUCGGACUUUGACUCCUCCGGAAGCUGUUCACCUUAUGUAACACAAAAAAAAGGGGGUUUUAUUUGUAUUUUCCAAAGCGCAUCCAACCCCGAUGAGGCUGGGAUGAGAGAGAUCCUCUGUACACACUGCAGUAUUAACAGUUCAAUGAUAACCUUGAUAUUCCAAAUAUAUUAUUAUUUAAUGGGGUUUUUUUACUGACAUUUUUGUUGGUCAUAGACACUCUGCACAUUAGUCAAAUAUCGCAUCAUUAUUCGAUGGCGAGACUCUUUAUUUUAUUUUUUUUGGUUUGUUUUUGGAAACUCGAAGGCACCCAUACUGUAACAAAAGUUCUACAGCUUUACUGUGCUCUGUUUGUUUUGUUUUUGUUAUCAAAGAGCCGAUGUCCUGUAUUGACUGCAGGCUUACAAAUAUAUUUGAAAAAAUAUUAUCCUAUGUUUAAGAAAAAACUCAAAAGCUCCCCAAAAAAAGGUAAUUUAUAUUAUAGAAAUGCACGAGGCUGGGAAGGCAGUGCCUUUUUUUUACUCAACAUUUACCCAAAAUGUAAAUGUGUUGACAGUCAAAAUGGUGGCAUCCUCCAAACUGCAUACUAGGUCCUCUAGGACAUUUUAAAAUGUAUCUUUUGGCAUCACGUUGUAGACAAAAACAAUAUGGAACACUUCUUUCUGGCCUCGUGUUGUCAGUGUAUUUUUUUGGUUUCUGUAGGUACUUUUCAAUGCUGAUAUGAAGUUAGGAAUUAUACCUGUCUGUACAACAAACAGAUGUAUAUGUUUUGUGUGUGUUUGCACGUGUGUCCUGUUGUAACUGUAAAAUACGUAUUCUCAAAUGUACCAGAAAUGCUGCGACUUGGCAUGGCCCAAUCAAAAGAAGGCUGUAGUUUUUCUUCCUUUGUUCAGGCAUCGGAGGAUGACUGCCUCUCAGCUGUAUGUGUGUGUUAUACAGUAUCAAGGGAUUGUAUGGUCACUAUGCUCACAGUUCAGUAACACAUGAGGGCUGACAUUCAGAGAGACCUGAGGUCCACUGUACACUACAUAGAUCAGUCUCUCUGUAGAGCCAGCCAUUUAGAACUGGGCCAGUAUUUAAAAAGAGUCUGAGUAGUUGUGCUUUUUACAUGCCUUCUAGAUCAUAAUGAUAAAAAUUAUAUGGACAGGGGGGGACCUGAUCCCAGAGUUACUUUUUUAAUUCGGGCCCUGACGCCAUGCCAAAAGCCUGUCUCAGGUUCUGUGUUCCUAUAGCUACUUGCCUCGGGCAGGGUUUGGGUCUGGCUUGUGAGAGGAAGUGUGGAUGCUCAUCUGUUCUAAAUGGAUCUAUGGAUCUGUUGUGUAAAUGUAUGUAUUUUCAUUUUUGUCUGAGAGAUUGUGGUUGCUGUCUAUUCAGAAUGGGAGCGCUGCGAGUGAGUGAGCGAAAGAUACUGAAUGAAUCGACUGAAUGCUUUGUUUUGUGGGGUCUGUGUUCAAAUGCUUGACAUCUUUAUUAUAACCACAGACAAAAAAUGUAUUAAAGAAAAACUUUGUCUGUGGAUAAAAAAAGUUUUUUAAAAUUCCAA